AUCCAUUGAUUGCGCGUCUGUCGGCUUUACGCGACUCGCAAUGUGUCAUGUCGGUCGUGCUGCCGCUGGACAAAGAUGAGCCUUCCAUGCUCGUUUCGUCUCCCCCCGGGACGAUGGAGCAUGAGGCCACGCCAACGGCCACAAAGACUCUCAGCGCGGACGAGGAGCAUCACACAAAACAUGUCCACAUCCCCUUUGAUGAGGGCGAGGCGCCGAAGCCGGCAGAUACACCGCCCUCCUGCGCCAGAGUCACCUCAGACAAGGAGAUCAGCCCGACUAGCCACCAGAAGAGCUAUUUCGGCUCUUGGACCCGCGGGGAUUGGCUCUCCUUCGCUUCGCAGCACUCGGAUGGCACCAACGGGGCCGCCUUCCCGGAUGUGAACUGGCAGUGGGAGCACAAGACAGGCUGGCGGGACUACACCAAGAAGGUCAGCACUAAGAUCGAGAUCGCGUGGCGCAGCGGCGAGACCAAGGUCCGGGUGCAAACCGGCAAGAAAGGCGCGGUGCCGAUGGAGAUCUUUUUCGAAGACAUGCUGCAACAUGACCCCGUCACUGGGAACACCCGAAAUGUGCAGAGAGCUGGCCCUUGGAGCAAGUGGCAGGGAGCGAAGCGCUUCGUGGGCGGCGUCGGGAGGGCGCUGGAGACUGGAAAGCGCCGGAAGGAGCGCUUUGCCGACUACCAGAAGCGUCGUGAGCAGCACCAUCAAGAGAUUGAGGUCCCGGAGGAAGUGCUUCACGGCACGGGGUGCUGCGCUGCCAUGGCAACCAGCCCGGUGUUCUUCAGCUGUUCGAGCUUGAUGGUCAUUCUCUACACCGUUUGGCUUGGCGUCGACGCAGACUUCAACGAUGCUCCCACGCUGACCUCUGCGGAGCCAAUUUUCCAAAUCGUGGAGAAUGUUUUUUGCGUGUUUUUCACCUUGGAGCUCCUGAUCCGGUUCUGUGCCUUCUCACGGCGUAAGAACUGCAUGAAGGACGCCUGGUUCAUCUUCGACUCAAGCCUGGCAGCGCUGAUGAUCGGGGAGGUUUGGAUUCUGCCGAUCAUCUUUGCCUUUGCGCCGGAACUCAGCCAUCAGAUACAGGGCUUCACGGUGCUGAGAUCGCUGCGGCUGGCACGGCUGGCGCGGCUCACGAGUUUGCUGCGGGCCUUCCCCGAGGCGAUGAUGCUGCUGAAAGGCAUCUAUGCGGCCGUGCGGGGUGUGCUGACGACUCUUUGCUUGCUCAUGGUGGUUCUUUUCAUUUUCGGCCUGAUCUUCAAGUCACAGGCGGCAGAGCAUCCAGUGAUCUCGGAGAGGUUCUUCUCCACGUUGUCGCACUCCAUGUGGUCAUUGCUGAUGUAUGCCACUCUGCUGGACGGACCUGCAGAGGUAUACCUGGAGAUCGAGAAGCAUCUCGGCAGGAUCAUGGCGCUUGUCUUUUUGCUGUGCAUCGCCAUCAGCGCGUGGACGGUCCUGAACAUGCUGAUCGGUAUCCUUUGCGAGGUGAUCAACAAAGUGUCCGACACCGAAAAGGAAGAGGCGCAGAUUCGAUGGCUCAAGCGGCACCUGCAAGAUAUCUUCGAGUGUUACGAUGCCAACCAGGACCAGCACAUUGGGAAGCGCGAGUUCCGGCUUCUGCUGGCAAACUUGGAGUUCCGCGAGGUGCUGCUAAGAUUCGGUACGGAUAUCCAGGUUUUGGAAGAUGUCGUCAUGGCGGAGUACGGAACCCGGGAUGGGUCUAUGAGCUUUGCCGAUCUCGUGAGCUUCGUCCUUCGCUUGAAGGGCGGAAAUGGUGCACAAGUCACGGAUAUCGCAGAUCUGCGGAAGUGCGUGCGGAUGCUGGAGCACCGCCUCGAAGCGGCAGGUGCCCUGGAAGAGAAAGGCACCGGUGCGCCGGCGCCGCCAUCGGUGGAGUCCAUUAAGGUGCACAUCCUGCGCGCCAGGGGCUUGAGGAAUGCAGACGUGGUGCCCCUCACAGGCAAGUCGGAUGUUUACUGCAAGUGCGUUGUUCUUGGCAAGCCCAAUACCGGAAUCGCCACCAGCGUGGUGAAGGACAAUCUUUCGCCAGCGUGGAACGAGGAGUUUGUGAUGGCCGACUACCAGGCCGGAGAGCACCUCCGGUUCCAGCUCUUCGACCAAGACAUGCCCGUUGUCAAGGAGGAUGACUUCCUGGGUUCUGCGGUCCUGGAAAGCGGCCGCUUUUGCCCGCAGGGCUUCGAGGGGGAGCUGCGGCUCACCGGCGCUGGGAAAGGAAUCGAGGCCUAUCUCGAAGUGAAGGUGACCGUCAAGCUGAUGCCGGAGAGUGAAGAUCCCCAGACCUCCGUAUCACAGACCAGCAUCAACUCCCUUGACAGCGGAGGGGCCACCAGCGCCGCGCUGGCCAUGAUCUUGGCUCGCCUGGACGACGUGACGGCCAACCAGGACAAACUGGUCGGACACCUCAAGCGUGUGGAAGAGCGGCUUGACAUCGUGGAGGUGGCAGUGACGAGGACAGCAUCUCCUGACCUGCGGAUGUUUGAUCGCUGACAUCUCGCUUGCCCAACAUGCCUGCCGUUUUUCCCUUGCGCCU